AUCCAUGGAUCAGUACUCAGUAAAUCAGUCAAUGUCCAGUGCUCAAACACGAAGUGUCAUUUCAAAUAAAACUUUAAAAUUUCAAAAUAUUUUCAAAUAAUAAUAUACUGUUGUAACUCUUCUAUAGUAAGAAAUAUUAUAUAUAUUAUAAACACGUCUUAAAUCAAGUAAUUGGACUAAAUACAUUUAAGUAUAUAACCAUGAGUUCAAUGCUAUCAUUUGUGUUGGAAAACGUACCCAGUGAUUGGGAACCAGUAAGCACUUACACUAAAAGUUAUGUUUUAUUUGAUGUACAAGACCAAAGUGUAGAAUCAGAGCGUAUAAAAACAAUGUUUAAUUCAACGUUAUUAAACAUAAAUAGUAUUAGGAGAGUGCAAAAUCCUUUUCAGUAUGGUCGAUUCAAGUUACGACAAGAAAUGCUAAACAAUAAUUUAGAGGAGGAGACUGUGUUUCAUGUUGUACAAGAAAAUGACUUAGAAACAGCUUUAAAAUAUACGUGUGAUUAUCGAAGAUAUAAUCGAAUAUAUAGAUAUAGGUGUGAAGCUACAAAUAAGCAUCCUCUCUUUUAUUCCAAUAUCCAGAGCGCUGUUUCCAACCUGUCUUCAUUUAACAAUGGUUGCGUGUUGGUUGUCAAUAAAAUACCUGGUACAACAAAGACUCAAAGUGAUUAUUAUAUCCAAUACGUGGUUGAUUUUAAAUAAACUGUACCUAUUAUAUUUAAAUGUACCUAUUAAUAUUAUUCGACUCUAUAACUGUACUUACGUCAUAUCGAUGCAUAAAUAUUAAUAAA